GGCAGCGGUUGAGCGCGGGCUGAGCUGAGCGGCAGUACAAACUUGUUCGCCGCGCUGACAGGUGCCACGCUGCCCCCACGCAACUUACAUACGCUCGCGAACACAAUCUUUGUUUAUAACACUUGUUGGUACUCAACGUUCAGUGUUUGGGAAAAAAUCUUGGAACAGUUUAACUUGGUUUUUCGUACUAAAAACAAAAUGUGAAGAUAAAAAGUGUCGUGAAAGUGUUCGGAGAAAAUACCGGCUUCGGCAGUCAUGUCCACAAGUACGAUUUGAAUGCAAAAUUUGCCUCAAAGUUUGCUUACAAUUCCGUAUGGAUUUCUGUGGUGUGAUAACGAGUUAAGAAGUUUUCGUAUUAAGGUGGAGGCGAGCGCUAGGUGUGGGCAGGAUGAUGGACUGCCUGUGCCCCGCGCCGCGCGCGUUGGCCUGCCGCGUCGUGUUAUUAGACGAAAGGGAGUUGCUGCACGAAAUGCAGGACAACAGCACCGGCCAGGCACUCCUCGAUGUGGUGUUUAGGCAUUUAGAUCUUUUAGAAACAGCUUAUUUCGGUCUUCGUUAUGUGGAUCAAGACAACCAAACGCACUGGUUGGACGCGGGCCGGAAGCUUCGCCGUCAGCUGCGGGGCUCGGAUUCGCACACUUUCUACUUCGGAGUCAAAUUCUACGCGGCAGACCCUUGCAAGUUAUUAGAAGAAAUCACCAGGUAUCAAUUAUUUCUACAACUGAAGCAAGACGUCCUUCGCGGUCGUCUGCCUGUGGGGUUCGAGCUGGCCGCAGAACUGGCCGCUUUCGUCCUCCAAUCGGAGCUGGGUGACUACGAGCCUCGUCGACACGGGCCCGGGUACGUUUCUGAGUUCCGUCUACUAUCGCAUCAGACUCCUGAGCUGGAGGCCAGGGCGGUUGAGAUUCAUCGGACUCUUACGGGAAUCUCUCCAGCGCAAGCCGAGCUCAGUUACUUAGACAAAGUGAAAUGGCUGGACAUGUACGGCGUUGACUUACAUCCUGUAUUGGGCGAAGACAGCGUGGAGUACUUUCUGGGCCUGGCGCCAAGUGGCCUGUUGCUUUUACGCGGCAAGCAUACGGUCGCUAACUAUUAUUGGCCGCGCGUCUCUAAACUGUACUACCGAGGACGAUACUUCAUGCUGCGCGUCGCUGACAAAAAUAAUGAAACCUUAACAUACGGCUUCGAGUCGCCGACGCGAGCGGCGUGCCGGCAUCUUUGGCGAUGCUGCUCCGACCACCACGCGUUCUUCCGUCUGCAGCAGACGUCUCCUGCAUCCGCAGACAUGUUCGCACUUGGAUCACGGUUAAGAAACAGCGGCAAAGGCGCGCGACCCCGGCCGCCGCCCGCCUUCACGAGGACUCCGUCGCGGCGCAUUUCGCGGCCCCCCUCGGCUUAUUCCUCCUUACUCGAUGUGCCAAAGCUAGAAGACUUGAGAAUAAAAGACUGCCCCCCUGAAGUGAAACAACCUACGUCAGUAAACCGUCCUAAUUCGAUUAGCGGCGAGGGUUUAGGGUACGAGGUGACGUGCGCGGGCGGUGGUGGGGGAGGCGGGUCUCCUCGUUCCACACGGUCUGCGCCCGCGCGGCGCGGUCUGUACGCCGUCUCGCCUAGCGCCACACGGCCACCGCCCGCCCCGAGACAUCGCUCAGCUUCCGUCGACUCGCAGAGCUCCAACGACUCCAGAUCGAAUCGCAAACACCGGCACCGGUCGCGGCGGCAACAAUCGGACGCAGAGAGCGAGCUCUCACGGGGCUCGGGUCGCUCCGGCCGCUCUGGACGUCGACAUCGUCGGCACCGCUCGCGACACAAGCAUGACUCCGGCUCCGAGAGGGACGACUCACAACCCGACACCAAAGAAUAUGAGUUAGUAGAUUCAGAAUCUCAAUGGAAAGAAGUAUUGCGACAAACAAAUGCCGGCAGCGGCGUACAAGUUGCGAGUGUCCGAAGGUCACAAUUAGAACCCGAAACUGGUACUCACCGUUCAUCUCACAGGCCUCGUAGACAUAGAAAACAUCGGUCAAGAUCAGGUUCACCUAAUGAGAAGAAAUGGCUGCCUACAGAACUGAAACAACAUUUAGAAUUCACUUUAGUGGAUACAGCGGGGAUGACGGAGGAACAAUUGAAAGAGAUCCCGUACACGGUGGUGCAAACGAGUCACGCGCGUCAGACUAAGCUCCGGACAUCGUCGAAACAUCGACAGGGCGAACCCGGCUCGUUGUCGAGGAGGGAGAAAAACUCAGGCUCUCUUGUAAAAAGUAACCAAGACAUUCACAACCAAGGGUCGUUAAGGUCAAGUUCUAGUACUUUGAGUACGCACAGAAAUAAUGACAAACAUGGAAGACGGGCUUAUUCAGGUUACGAAGAACAACUGACCCGGUCGGGCGAUGAUUUUCUAAAUAACGGCUACAAGGGCCCGCCGACGCCGGGGGCUAACAACAACCCUUACAGCCCCGUCACAAACAGUAAUAGUAAUAGUUCCAGUGGGGAAUUAAUCUCUGGCAGCGCCCGCGUGUCACAUGAACAUACUGAUUCAGGACUAGGAGCAGACCAGGACUACGCUUACUCUUCAGAAAGGUCGAGCGACAGCGCGAAAUGCGGCGCCGGGGGCUCUGGUGGCACAGUGCCAGUGAGUAGGCAGUGGACGCUGGGUGCGGGCGCGGGGUGUGCGGGGUACGCGGGGCGCGCGGGGGCGGGCGCGGGCGCGGGGAUGGCGCGCCGGCCGCCCGCCGCGCCUCGCACGCGCAUGUCCGCCUCGGGCUCGCAGCGCUCGCUGCUGUCGGUGGCUAGCGACAGCGCCACCUCUCGGCGCGCGCGCGACCUCUCGCAGCGCUACCCUCACCCCGCAGACAGUGGCUUUUCUCUCUUCAGACACGCUAGCAACAACAAUGUAAUGGUGGGCGAGAGCGGUUCGCUGGCGCGGCGGUACGCGCGGCCGUCACGGGAGUUGCGGGAGUUGCGGGAGGGGCGCGACUGCAACGCCAACAUGCCGCGCACGCACGCCCGCCUCGCGCAUCACGCGCACCACGCGCACCAUGCGCACCAUGCGCACGUGCGACACGACAACACUCUCGAUAUUAUCUUAAAACCACUCAUUGAGAGCACGCAGCUUCAGAGCAAUUAAAAACAUCGGACGAAUCUGCAUCAGGAAUGAAGGAAGCAUCCACAUCUGUGGACGCGGGGAAACAAGGGCCUGCAGAAAUGAGUACUGAAUUGUGAUG